AUGCACCCGGAUCUAGAGGCGCACCUCGUCGAGCUCAAGACGCGCCAACGCAACAUGCAAGCGCCGGUCGCGCGCCGCAUUGCCCUCGAGAAGAAGCAGCAGAUGCGCGACGCGACGAUGGCCGAGUGUAGCGCUGCGUACACAGACAUGCUGAAGCGCAAGCAGCGCCAGAUCCAGCAGCACUUGGUGAUCGCGAAGAAGCGCAACCACGAGUUUCUCGAGAGCCUCCGCGAGUACCAGCGGUCGGUCGCCGAGAGUCGCCCGACGCCGGCUGCGAUCGGGCUCGAGAAGGCCAAGCUCGCGUUCGUCGACACGGUCGCCGAGGUCUACCCCGCGUGGCAAGAGGAGCUGCAGCGCCUCAAAAUGCAGCGUUUGCGCCAGCUCGAGCAGGAGAAGCACGAGAUCGAGUACCGACGGCUCGUCGCCCAGCAGGUCCAUUAUCAUCUCUCUCAUUGUGCAUGGCUGCAUGUUCUUGCCGUGUACUAG